CAUACACAACAGCACGCAUAUUGCAACGGUUUGAAUUGCAUCACCCGAGUCCCUUCCUUCAGCCAUCACUUCUUGACAGCCAUGUCCACCUCCUUGUGGCGGAGCCGUCAAGGCCGUAUGGCCUCCUGCUCAACUUGUGGAGCAGGAGUGGGCCCCAGCAGCUCCGCUCUCGUUUCGCGUGCCCAUUACGGGCGCAAGCAGGCGUCGCUGAGCGCUGAGCGCGUUGCUGCGCAGGCGCCGCGCCGCUGCCUUCUGGCAGCCGCGAUGGCGGGUAACCGCGCAAACGAGGCCCCCCAGCAGCGCAUGGAGCGCCAGCUGCGCGAGAGCGCGGAAGUGGAGGAGCGCGUGGUGAGCAUUGACACGGAGGAGGAGUUCCUGCAGGCACUGGAUGAGGCGGGGCCCAAGCUGGUGGUCGUUGAGGUGCAAUCCGAGCGGGUGUGCGAGACCGGCAUGGACGAGCCCGAGCCCGAGAUCCACUGGAAGCUGGACGCGGAGCAGGAGCAAGCCCGCCGCAUGGCCAAGUGCGCGGCGGUCAAGCACACCAUCCAGCGCACGGCGCGGGAGUGUCCUGACGUCAGCUUCCUGUACCUGGAGACGGACGGCUCGCCGGAGCGGGAAGCGCUGGUGCAGAAGCUGGGGGUCAAGGUGCUGCCCACGCUACAGUUCUACCGCGACGGCAAGCUGCUGUGGGAGCACAAGGGCGUCAUGCAGAUGGAGGCGGGCGUGGGCGAGGGCAUGAUGUACUACGGCGACGCGCCCACCACCACCAGUGGCGGCGAGGCGCCCUCCAGCCUGGUGGCGGACAUCACCAGCCGGGCGGGGCUGCAGCAGUUCCUGGGGGCGGCGUCUGACCCCAAGGUCCUGCAGGUGCUCAACGUGGCGCUCACCAGUGCGGGGCCGUGCAUCAAGGUCUUCCCCGCGGUAGUGGCGCUCAGCCGGACGUUCAAGGGCUUCGCGACCUUUGGCCGCCUGGUUGGCGACGUGAACGGCGACACGCGCGCGCUGAUCAAGGAGCUGAAUAUCAUCGAGGUGCCCACCUUCAUCUUCUUCAGGGCCGGCAAGGAGGUGGGACGCCACGUGGGCAGCAGUCGCGGAGACCUGAUCGGCCAGAUCCUGCUGCAGCAGGAGCGGGAGGGCCUGUCCCCGCCGCCGCCGCCCGUCACUGCCAAGGCCAAGCCCCGUAGCCGCGCCGGCAUGCGCCGCGGCCGCACCGCGCAGCAGUGAAAGAAGCGUGGAGCUUUUUCAGCAGCGCUAGGUCGGGCCAUCAUGGCCCUGGUCCGGGAGAGCAGGAGGAGCGGCCCAUUGGGUCGUGCCUUUCACGAAAAAAGGGAAUCAGAGCAGGGCUGCGAGGCGGCCGGAGAUUGGCUUUGAAUGCACUCCCGAAAAGUAAUGCUGGGUUGGAAGGUUCACAUGUAUUGAUAUUUACAGCGCACAGCAAGCGGCGAGAUGGCCGCGGGUGUUGCAGGAACUCCGGUUUCUGUGGUCGCUGCAUCUGAGCUGAGAAGACAAACCCGUACUUGCGUGCACUGGGUUGCAGGGCGUGAGAAGAGGUGUGAGCAGGUCUGGUACAAUGGUGUGCGCACUCCGCACUAAUCGCGGGGAGAUUCGGGGAUGUAUGCGCGUCCCACGACCGCAGGAUUGCUCGCUGUGAGCUCGUGUGUGAGCUCACAUGUUUUGUGGUGAGCAAGGUGAUCGCCCACAAGAAGAAGCGAGGAGGGAAGCAGUUUUCUAGCAUGGUGUCCAUAUCUCUAACGGACCACAGGCUAGACCAGAGACGUAUGGGUUGCGCAUCCGGACAGGCAGUCGCUGAACAGUGUCGUAGGUUGUUCUCUUCAACUCACACAUCAUGUUAUGUUCUCUGGAGAGGAAGUGCGGGCUGCAAUGAUGCUAAUAUAGGGAGGCUAUUCCAUGGCGCCGAGUCAAGGCGAGGGCUCAGUCACCGGGCCCGCAGCAGGGGUGCGCCAUUUGCUGCCGGGACGAAGAUUCGUCUAGGGGCGAUGGCCAUUCUUUAUUAUCUUUUUUUGGCAGGGACUGUGUGCGGGCAUCAAAGAAGCCUGCGUGGAAGCAGGCCUUGAUAUGAGAUGGUUGUGGCGCGUUGACUUCUUUGCUCCAUCUGCAGGAUGUUUGGUUGUGGCGAGUUGGGCAGGGAGUAUGAUGUUCCGGUGCACUGGUUGGGACAGCCGCUCGGCACACCGGGGGAGGUCUAUGUCCGUGAUGUGAGGGGCUGUCAUGCGUGGGGGCUCCUUGCGCUAUCCCUCUUGCACCAAUCCGGAUCUGGGCGUGCACCAAACACAUUGUUGCUUUGUGGUGGCCCGGUCGAUGGAGCAGUGACAGUCCGCAUGCAAGGCUGCAACCGGGCCGGGGCAGGAGGGUGGGACACUGGCUUCACAGACCAGCAGUUCCACGCACUCUGAUAACUUGAGCAAGCCCAGCCCCUUGGCUACACGCUUGCGCUGACGUACUCACCUGACGCCCGGGGCGUGAGGAACGUCAGCAAACUACCAGCGUGAUAGCAAGUCAGCGGUGCCUCAGUACAGGAACUCCGGGGCGUUAUAGCAGCCAUGACGCAAUGUUGCCAUGACGUUGUAUUUCUAGUGUU